AAACUCAAAAAUAUCACACACAAAAUAAACUUCACCAAACAAUCUUUUCACAGUCUCAAUUCACUACUCCCCCAAAGAAUGGCUCUUCUUCCCAUCAAAACCUUCACCGGGCUCCGCCGUAUCUCGCCGGAAAACUCCUCCAUCGCUGUGCUGUCCAAUCCACUCCCCAAAACCCAUUCUCGUCGUCGGGCACUCCGCGUGAAUGCUUCCAACAGUAGCCCGCGAGUCAUCGGCCGGAAUCUUAGGGUUGCCAUCGUUGGCGGUGGCCCGGCCGGUGGAUCCGCCGCAGAGACUCUCGCCAAGGGUGGGGUAGAGACGUUCUUGAUCGAACGGAAGAUGGACAACUGUAAGCCUUGCGGUGGGGCCAUCCCGCUCUGUAUGGUCGGCGAGUUUGACAUCCCGUUGGAUAUCAUUGACCGGCGAGUCACAAAAAUGAAGAUGAUUUCGCCGUCGAAUGUCGCCGUCGACAUCGGCCGCACACUGAAGCCCCACGAGUAUAUCGGCAUGGUCCGACGCGAGGUGCUCGACGCCUUUCUCCGUGAUCGGGCCGCCGCCGCCGGAGCCUUCGUGAUUAACGGGCUUGUUCUCAAAUUGGAUCUGCCCAAGUCGUCAAACGCCCCCUACGUCCUCCACUACACGGCGUACGACUCCAAGGUCGGCGGCGCCGGCGAGAAGAAGACGCUGGAAGUGGAUGCCGUCAUCGGAGCCGACGGUGCGAACUCCCGGGUGGCGAAGUCCAUCGAUGCCGGCGAUUACGAGUACGCAAUCGCCUUCCAGGAACGGAUCCGCAUCCCCGACGACAAGAUGAAGUACUACGAGGAUCUCGCCGAGAUGUACGUCGGCGACGACGUCUCCCCGGAUUUCUACGGCUGGGUCUUCCCUAAAUGCGACCACGUCGCCGUCGGCACCGGCACGGUGACCCACAAGCAAGACAUCAAGAAAUUCCAGGUGGCAACGCGCCUACGCGCGGAGCCCAAAAUUGCCGGCGGAAAAAUCAUCCGCGUGGAGGCCCACCCGAUCCCGGAACACCCCCGACCCCGCCGGGUCAAAGACAGAGUCGCACUGGUCGGGGACGCGGCAGGGUACGUCACAAAGUGCUCCGGCGAGGGGAUCUAUUUCGCGGCGAAGAGCGGGCGGAUGUGCGCAGAAGCCAUAGUGGAGGGAUCUGAGAAGGGGAAAAGAAUGGUUGAGGAAUCAGAUCUGAGAAAGUACUUGGAGAAAUGGGACAAAACGUAUUGGCCGACAUAUAAGGUGCUGGACGUGUUGCAGAAAGUGUUCUACAGAUCGAAUCCGGCGAGGGAGGCGUUCGUGGAGCUCUGCUCCGACGAGUAUGUGCAGAAGAUGACGUUUGAUAGUUAUCUGUACAAGAGGGUGGCGCCCGGAAACCCCAUUGAAGACUUGAAGCUGGCCGUGAACACGAUCGGGAGUUUGGUGAGGGCCAAUGCGCUUAGGAGGGAGAUGGACAAGCUUAGUGUUUGAGAUUUGGGAUAUUGUGGUGCUAAUCAAUUUCGUAAUAUGUGUGAAUUUUUGUUAUUUUGUUUAAGGUUUACGUUUAUUAAUGUGAUAAUUGUGUGAGGAAAUUCCCAAUAUAUGUAAGUACUAUAUAUAUGUGUGAAUUUUAGUGAUUUUAUUUAAAAUUAUGUAUGUUCAUUAAUGUGUUGAAUAAAUCUACUUAUUGAUC